UUUUCUUUUUUUCAACUAUCAUAAACAAAGAAAAAAACCAUGUCAACAUCCAAGGUUUUGACGCUGAUGAGCAAAGACAACCAAAUCUUCGAGGUUGAAGAAUCCGUAGCCAUGCAAUCUGAGCUCAUCAAAAACAUGAUCGAAGAUGGUUGCGCCACUGGUGUGAUUCCAUUGUUCAGGGUGCAUAGCAGGACCUUAACGAUGAUAAUCGAAUGGUGCAAAAACCAUGUGGAUUACGUGGAAGCAAACAACGUUGCAGACGUCGAAAAAGAAUUCAACAGUUGGGAAUCGGAAUUUCUUGAUGUUGAUAGAGUUAGUCUUAACGAGCUUUUCAUGGCUGCAAACUAUCUCAACAUUGAGAAGUUGCUCAAACGAGUAGCCAAACAAGUUGCUGAUAUGAUCAAAGCAAGCAAAACUGUUGAGGAAAUUCGUCAAACUUUUGGAAUCAAGAAUGAUUUUACUCCUCAAGAAGAAGAAGAAAUUCGUAAGCAGUAUUCUUGGAUCGACGAUUGA